AAGGAGAAGGCCGCCCCCCAGAUACCGAAGAACCCCGCGGACCGCUGGAAGAUUCCCAAGCAGUACGAGGUGAAGCAGCUCAUCGGCUCCGGCUCCUACGGCAGCGUCUGCGAGGCCAGAGACAACAUCAACAACCGGUUGGUUGCCAUCAAGAGGAUUGGGCACCUCUUUGACGACCUGAUCGACUGCAAGCGCAUCCUGCGCGAGGUCGCGAUCCUGCGGAAGUUAGGCCAUGAGAGCGUCGUGCAGAUCUACGACAUAGUGGCGCCCGACAACAUGGAAACGUUUGACGAGCUCUACAUGGUGAUGGAGAUCUGCGACUCCGACCUGAAGAAACUCUGCCGCACGGACGUGCAGCUGGAGCCGAACCACAUCCACACGCUUCUCUACAACCUGCUGGUCGGCAUCAAGUACCUUCACUCCGCAGGCAUCUACCACCGAGACCUGAAGCCAGCGAACUGCCUCGUGAACCAGGACUGCUCCGUGAAGAUCUGCGACUUCGGGCUCUCGCGCGCCAUCGGGGAGUCUGCGCAGGUGCUGGAGGGCCUGCCCAACACCCCCAGGGGCGACGACCAGGAGGGCUCCUCGGCGGGGCGGGCGGGGGCCAGGAUAGGCCACCACCACUGUCAUAGGUAG